GCUUUGCGGCUGCGUGCUAGCGCAAAGGCUCACGGUGCCAAGAGAUUAUAGGCCGGGAUAUUACUUAGCGGAAGAAACCGGCGAAAAGAACGUAGAGGAGGAAUGAAAGGGCAGUAACCGCAGUGUGACACUAUUGUUUAGAGUCAACCAUUGGGCUGUCAUAGUUGUGACUCUGCUCUGUCAUUCAUCGCUGGAUUCUCAAUCACUAAUACAGGAAAAUGCCGGCAUUUAAGUUAACAACACAAGCUUUCUGCAAAAUGAUGCUUCAUAGCGCAAAAUAUCCAUACUGUACUGUAAAUGGCAUUUUGGUGGCUCAGAAGCAAAAGCGUAAAGACGGUCAUCAGCAAGUCCUGUUUGUGGACUGUAUCCCACUUUUUCAUGGCACUGUUGCUUUGGCACCUGUACUGGAAGUUGCAUUAACACUGAUCGAUACCUGGUGCAAAGAGAAUGACUAUGUGAUUGCUGGAUAUUAUCAAGCAAAUGAACGUCUAAGAGACACCGGUCCAAACCAAGUUGCUGAGAGAAUAGCAUCACGGAUAGCAGAAGGCUUUAAUGAUGCUGCCCUAAUAAUGGUGGACAACGCCAAGUUCUCCAUGGAAUGCAUAAGCCCUUCCUUUCAUGUGUAUGAGCACCAUGAUAACAGGUGGAAAAGCAGAGACCUGCAUGAGGAUUUUUUUGAAGAUUGGCCAGAAGCUCAAAAGAUUACAGCAUCCCUCCUAGACAGCAGGUCAUAUGAGUCUCUUGUGGAUUUUGAUAGUCAUCUUGAUGAUCUUCGGAAUGACUGGGCCAACCCAGAUAUCAACAAGUCCAUUCUUCAUCUAUGCUAAGAUUAUAAGAGUUCUCUGGUGUGGUCCAUGCUAUGCAACAUGACCUGACCUGUGAAUGUAGAAUCUGUUGUUAAGCAACAUCUCCACCUCAGUGUGAAGAGGCAAUGGUAGUUGACAGUAUGGAUCAUAUGGAAGCUGGAAAAGUUCUUGAGUGGUUGGUUUCCUCACUAAAAAGCCAAGACCGUUAUCUUCAUGCCAUAGAGAAUAGUGAACUAGCCAGCAGAGUUUGAAAAGGUUUGCCCUUUCACUGGAGGUUUGAGUGCUGUUUUCUAAAAACCCAAGAGCAGCAUUUCUAAUUCGAUCUUCAAUUUUCUCAAACCACAUCUAAAGAAGUGGAUUUAACACAGACUUCAAUAUGUUUGGUUCUAAUUUUUAACUGUAAUUAAAUGGAGGUUUAAACCAUGCAUUUUAAGAAACUGGAUAUGUGACUAUGUCCUAAAUCUUAUAACAAAGCAUUUUAUUUGUUGCUACAUACACUGAAAAGAUUACCGUGAUUGUUGUGGAAAUUGCACCAGAUGAGUAGAUCCCUGUACACGUUUUUUUUUUUUGUUUUGUUUUUGUUUUUUAAACUACGUGAAUUUCAUUUAUUGACUGAACAGUUAAUUAAUUUAACAAGAUUGUGAAGAUUUCAAUUGUCAAAUGAUCUUGUUUGUUAUCAGUAUAUAUGCAUUAGUAUCUUUCUCAGCUGUAUGCCUAUAGAUCCCUUGGCUGACACUUGUGUUUUUUAUGCUAUUAAUUAUUUUACAAAGUUCAUACAAAACCCACCUCAGCUUCCCUUUUUUAUAUUAAACUUUUUCAGUAAUCACGGUGAUUUAUUUUUCCUUGCUGAAAAGCAUCUUCCCCUAUUUAAUUUUAUUUUGAUUCAUUUGUAUCUCCAAAUAGUUUAAAAUCUAAAAUAAAAUUCACUUGAAGC